AUGUUUAGGAAAGCUGCUGUAACCGCGGUCUCUAAUGGAAGCUACUUGCAGGGGCAAGCUAAUGGCAGGUUGCCCGCUAUGGACAGCGGGCAGCUAGCCCAGGAGGGAAGAGUUGUGCUGAAGAAGAAAGUGACACUUUUGAGGGGGAUAUCAAUCAUAAUUGGCACUAUCAUUGGAGCUGGCAUCUUCAUCUCUCCUAAAGGCAUCCUGAAGAACACUGGCAGCGUGGGCAUGUCCUUGACUGUCUGGACAGUGUGUGGUAUCCUCUCGCUCUUUGGUGCCCUCUGCUAUGCUGAACUAGGAACAUGUAUUAAGAAGUCUGGCGGUCACUACACCUAUAUCCUGGAGGCCUUUGGCCCGUUACCUGCUUUUGUGAGAGUCUGGGUUGAAUUACUCAUCAUUCGCCCUGCUGCCACAGCAGUGAUAUCGCUGGCAUUUGGACGUUACAUUUUGGAACCUUUCUUUAUGCAGUGUGAAAUCCCAGAACUUGCGAUUAAACUUAUUACAGCUGUUGGCAUCACGCUGGUGAUGGUCCUGAACAGCACAAGUGUCAGCUGGAGUGCCCGCAUUCAGAUUUUCCUUACCUUUUGCAAGCUUGUAGCAAUUCUGAUAAUUAUAGUCCCUGGAGUUAUCCAGCUAAUUAAAGGAGAAACACAGCACUUUAAAAAUGCCUUUGCAGGGAAUGAUGCCAGUGUUAUGGGAUUACCACUUGCUUUCUAUUCAGGAAUGUAUGCCUAUUCAGGCUGGUUUUACCUCAAUUUUGUUACUGAAGAAGUGGAAAAUCCCGAAAAGAACAUACCCCUCGCAAUAUGCAUUUCAAUGAUUAUCGUCACAGUUGGCUAUGUGUUAACAAACGUGGCUUAUUUCACUACAAUCAGUGCUGGGGAAUUGCUGCUUUCAAAAGCUGUAGCAGUGACCUUUGCUGAGCGACUGAUGGGAAACUUUUCUUUAGCUGUACCAGUAUUUGUUGCUCUCUCCUGCUUUGGAUCUAUGAAUGGCGGCAUUUUUGCAGUCUCCAGGAUGUUCUUCGUUGCAUCCCGUGAGGGUCACCUUCCGGAAAUUCUCUCCAUGAUUCAUGUCCGCAAGCACACUCCUCUGCCAGCUGUCAUUGUUUUGCAUCCUCUCACAAUGAUAAUGUUAUUCAACGGGGAUCUCUACAGCCUCCUGAAUUUCCUCAGUUUUGCCAGGUGGCUUUUUAUUGGACUCGUAGUUGCUGGGUUGAUUUAUCUCAGAUAUAAACGUCCCGAUAUGCCUCGUCCUUUCAAGGUGCCUCUGUUUAUUCCAGCAUUAUUUUCCUUCACGUGCCUCUUCAUGGUCGCACUGUCACUUUACUCUGACCCAGUGAAUACAGGGAUUGGAUUUGCAAUAACCCUGACUGGAGUUCCGGCCUACUACCUCUUUAUUGUGUGGGACAAGAAGCCAAAGUGGUUCAGAAAGCUCCUAGACAGGGUGACGCUAACAUUGCAGAUCCUCUUGGAAGUUGUCCCAUCAGAGGAAGACCAGAAGUCGUGA